AUGAACUAAAGCAUUUUUGCUUACGGAUUCUUAAAUAAUGGUAAUCAAAUAAUUUUCUAAUAUUAGGGCUUGUUUAUUCAAAGCAAGGAAAAUUUGAAAAAGCAAUAAUUGAGUAUAAUAAAGCUAUUGAAGAAAGUCCUUAGUAUGCUGCUGCUUAUCAAAAUAGAGGUAAUCAAAUAUUUAUAAAAUAUUAGCCAAUGCAUAUUAAGGUUUGAUGAAUUUUGAUGAGGCGCUUAGAGAUUACUGUAUGGCUAUAAGAAUCAACCCAUAAUAUAGUGCAGCUUACUUUAAUAGAGGUUUUAAUACUUCUUAAUGUUGAGGAUUGUUAUUCGGAAAAUAGGGUAAAUUUGAAGAAGCAAUAAUGGAUUAUACCUAAUACAUUAAAAUGGUUCCUGAUAAUGCUCAAGCUUAUAACAAUAGAGGUAAAAAAUAAUUUCUAGAAUUAGCAAAUGCAUAUUAAAAUUAAGGAAAUUUUAAUGAAGCAAUAAAAGAUUACACUAAAUCAAUUGAAAUUAACCCUAAUUACGCUGCUGCUUAUAAUAAUAGAGGUAGUUAUUAAUAAAUUAAGAUUUUGGCAAUGCUUAUGUUAAUUUUGGUAAGUUCGACGAAGCCAUUUCAGAUUGUUCUAAAGCUAUAGAAUUACAAAUGAUAAAUUCAGAUGCAUUCUAUAUUAGAGGUAGAAUGAUUUAAGAAAAUUAGGAAAUGCGUAUAAAAAUUAUGAAAAGUAUUAAGAAGCAAUAAUAGAUUAUUCAAGAGCUGUUGAAAUAAAUCCUUAACACAGUAAUGCUUAUUACAAUAGAGGUAAUCAAAUAUGUUUGAAAACAAGGACUAAUUUAUUCUGAUUAAAAAUUAUUUGAUAAAGCAAUUUUAGAUUAUUAAAGAGCCCUAGAAAUAAUGCCAGCACAUCCAUUGUAUCAAUUUAGUUUAGGGUUUCUUUAUUUUUCUCUCAAAAAAUUUAACCAAGCAAAUUAGUAUUUUGAUAGUGCAUUAGAAAAUUCAUCAAAAGUCUCACUUUAAUAAAGAUUGUAAUUCUAACUUUCAAAAGACAAGAUGUUGUUUCUUUAAUAAAAAGUUGAUAUUUUAAGUUCCAUAUAUAAAGAGUUGUAAAUUGCUUAGGAAGUAAUAUUUGAUUUGUUAACAAAAAGUAAAAUCUCAUAAACUUUGCAUUAAUAUUAUUAAUUUAAGAUUACUGAUAUUGAAAAUCAAUUAUUAGAAUUUGUCCCAACUUAAUCAAAGGAAAACUAUGUAGAAAUAUUGAGGAAACUUAAAUAGUUAAUGGAAGAAAUCGAAUGUUUAAAAAUAGAGAUUGUUAAAUUAAAGACAAGUUAGAUUUAAGGCUUACAAACUUUGAUAUAAGAAAUUAAAUAAACAAAUUUCUUACAACAAACCCAAAAAUUUUAAAUUAAGGAAUUAACAGAAUAAUUGAGUCCACGUAGGAAAUUGUAUCAUCGCUCAUUAUUUUGGCAUCUUUUUAAUUAUUUCAAUGCUGUAAAAUUAAUUUCUGAAGACUUAGUUGUUAAAAAUGUUGGAAUUCAUUUAGCAAAGGCAUCAGAAAUAUUGUAAAAGACUGAAAAAUUAAAAGAACAAGUCUUAGGAUCUGUACAAUAUAUGAGUACAAUAUUCAACUUAUUAAAUUCUGCAUUAGAUUCAGUUGAAAGUAUGAAAAAAAAACAGUUUGAAAGUAGAAUAAUUGCAUUAAAGUAAAUUUUGCAGAUUUUCACAAGUUUUCCCUCUGAAUUUGAAUGUGAAAUUGAAAGAGAUACUUUAUUUAUGGCUUAUGAUAUCAACUACUAUUUCGAAAAAGAUAAAACGAACUCGUUUAGUUCAUAUGUCGAUAGGAUUUCUAUUUUCGAAUUUGAUUUUGAAUAAUAUUCAAAAAAUGACUGCUGGAAAACUGGUAUCCUACAUACAUUAAUAAUAUUAAAAUAUUUAAUAGAGAACUUCUAAGAAAUAAUACUCGAGUAUUCUUUUUGCGCUUUUAAAGAUAUUUUACAUAGAUCAAUAGUCGGAUUUAAUGUAGAAUUUCUUGAAAAAACUAAAUGUUAAGACAAGAAGGUUCGCUGAC